UUGUGUUAAUCCAAAGUCAUUACCUAACCAAAUGCUUGACGAAAGCACUCUGAAACUUACAGAACCUUACAUCACACCAAGCUACACUACACGGUCGUGUGAACGUUUAUCAAGAACUCGCAAGAAAUUUGCCAAACUCCUUCAAGAGGGAUGUUUGCCGGAACAAGGCUUUUCCGAAGCCGAUCUAGAGGCUUUAUUCCUUCAAUUGGGUACUCUGGAUUCGAACAACUGGUGUAACAGUGUGGGCGUCGGUGAACGCGAGGGCCGUGUUCUUCUUGAAAUGAUUCGUCGCCGACACUUCGGAUUGACACACGGCAUUGGGCGCUCCGGAGACAUCACAGCCAUCCAACCAAAGGCCCCAGGAUCCAGUUUAAUCAAUCGGUUAACUAACCGGCUGGUGUUAGACUGGCUCAAGAAAUCAGGUUCCCCUAGCACAUCGACCUGUUUUGUCGUUCCUAUGGCAACAGGGAUGACGUUGACCUUGUGUUUACUCGCACUUAAACAAAGACGUCCACCCGGAGCCAAAUUUGUCAUUUGGCCACGAAUCGAUCAAAAGUCGUGCUUCAAAUGUAUGCUUGCUGCAGGUCUUAUUCCCAUCCCUAUUGAGCCCACCGAAGGUUCCCCCGAUCCUAAAUGCGCUAAAGCUUGCUGUGAUCAACUGAAUUGUGAUAUCCCCGCGCUGCGAGAAGCAUUGAAACAUCCGGCUGCUUAUUUACUCCGACAUUGGCCCGAAUCCGCUCGCGCCCACAGCAUUGUCGCGGAAGAUGCAGAACGUUGCGGACCAGACUCGGUCGUAUGUGUUUUGAGCACAACACUUUGCUUUUCCCCACGAGCACCGGAUAGGUUGCAUGCCAUAACCGAUGCCUGUAUAGAACAUGGCGUAUCACAUCUAAUCAACAACGCGUAUGGUGUACAGUCGGUUCGAUGUAUGCGGAUGAUUGAAGCCGCCGGUCAUUUGAUACUGCAAGGCCGAAAAGCAUGCUCUGGAGAAACUCCAUCUGACGACCUUGAGGUGAAAGACUUAGUAUUAGUAGGUGAUACCAAAUGCGGACAUCCCACGGAUUCUCCCGGACUUUGUAAUGAGAAGCAUUUUCCACUGCCGUCCACCGCGAUUGAUAUGCUGUACGUCCAAAGCACGGACAAAAACCUGCUGGUCCCUGUUGGAGGAGCCGUUGUGGCAGGAUUCUCUUCGGAAUUGGUAGAUGCUGUUGCCAAAUCAUAUCCAGGUCGAGCCUCAGCUACUCAAUCCGUGGAUGUGCUGGCCACACUGCUCCAUCUGGGUCUUCGUGGAUGGCGUGAGCUCACCGAGCGGCGUUGUGCAUGUUUCAAUCGCUUGAAAGAUGGACUAGAAAAGUUGGCCAAAUCGUUCGGAUUGAACCUGAUGGCGACAGCUGACAACCCCAUCUCGCUAGCUUUGCACUUGAAUCCUCUAGUCCAGUGUGACCCCAAUGGGCUCUUGACCAGCAAGGAAACGGACACGUUGAAAAAACUGACCGUGCUUGGAGCGCAGUUAUUCACGCAAGGCUGUUCUGGCGUUCGCGUCGUUCUUCCCGCUAGCAUUGGCACGUCUCAGCAAUUAGGAGCCUACACUUUCAGGGGCUUUGGAUCUCACAGCUCUCGUUCAACGAAGGCUUAUUUGAACGCCGCGUCCGCAGUGGGCCAGACUGAAGAGGAAGUGGAUCUAUUUUUGGCCAAGCUACAUAAAGUCUUGGAGCAGUUUAAGGGGACUCUUAAAAAGGGGUCCUAAGCCUGUUAUGUAUUUCCUUCUCAACAUCCAGUCAUGUACAUAACCAUUGACCCGCCCGCCUCUCUCCAAACCUGAUACUUUUGAUUUGUUGAUAUAGUACUUAUUGAACUUCGU